GGCAGGAUCAAAGGGCAAGGGGACAAAUUGGUCAUGCUAAGGGACUUCAAAUUACAGUUGGAGAAAAGAAGAAGAAGAAGGGAGUUGGAAUUGCAGAAGCGCCCACCGGAUAAUUUAGAUAGGAAGAUCUGCCAACUUUAUUAUCGGAUUCCUCGGACUAAUAAAUUAGUCUCAUGCUUUGAAGCCAUUUACAUGAUGGAUCCAAUACCAGCGAGUGAGUCAGAAAUGAUGCACUACUUGCAAGAACAGGAUGAUCACAGUUGUCAUCAUCAUCGUUAUCAUGGUUUGCACCUUAUAAGUAAUGGGAAUGUGAUGGAUCAUGAUGAUAAUGGUGUGGCUGCUGCUGGGGUUGGAAGUGGUGGUAGUGAGUGCAUAGAGGGUGACAUUUCUGCUGAUCCUGGAAAUCUGUCUGAUAAUCACAAUGGGAUGGCAGUUCCUGGUGCUACUGUAAAUAGUAAUCAGCUCACGCUCUCUUUCCAGGGACGGGUCUAUGUAUUUGAGUCUGUAUCUCCUGAACAGGUGCAAGCUGUACUUCUUUUGUUAGAUGCCCGUGAAGUGCCGCCGAGCAAUCCAAUGGAUAUAACAAUUCAAAAUAAUAGAGGACUAUCUAAUACUCCGCAGAGGUUUAAUGUGCCUCAAAGGUUGGCAUCAUUGAUGAGAUUCCGUGAAAAGCGGAAGGAGAGAAAUUUUGAGAAGAAAAUUCGUUAUACUGUUCGGAAGGAGGUCGCUCUUAGAAUGCAACGAAACAAAGGUCAAUUCACUUCUUCAAAACCCAAUGGUGAUGACUCUUCAGCAACAGCCUCAAAUUGGGAAGAGAAUCAGGGCUGGGGUUUGGAUGGUAGUGGCACUCAAAGUCACGAGACUUCCAGCUGUCGGCAUUGUGGCAUCAGCGAGAAAUCUACUCCAAUGAUGCGCAGGGGACCUGAAGGACCUAGGACCCUUUGUAAUGCAUGCGGACUUAUGUGGGCGAAUAAGGGAACUUUAAGGGACCUUUCAAAGGCAGCACCGCCGUUGGUCCAGAAUCAAUCAGUUGAUAGAGGCGAAGAGGAAGAAAUUUCUAAGUUGAAGGAAAAAGUGACACACUUGCAAAAUCUGCUGGAAGAACUGAAGAAUGGUGGAGGCGUUUCAGGUGAAAAAAUGAAAUAUAGUGGUGAAGGUGGUCAUGCGGUGAAGAAUAUGGAUUCACCAGAUAAUAUCCUUGAUGCUCAGCGAAGAGAGAAAGUGAAAGAUGCUAUGAUUCAUGCUUGGAGUUCUUAUGAAAAAUAUGCGUGGGGCCAUGAUGAACUACAGCCGCAAACAAAGAAUGGCGUUGACAGUUUUGGUGGUCUUGGAGCGACCUUGAUAGAUUCUCUUGACACACUAUAUAUCAUGGGCCUGGAUGAGCAGUUUCAGCGAGCUAGAGAAUGGGUUGCAAACUCCUUGGAUUUCAACAAGAACUACGAUGCAAGUGUUUUUGAGACAACCAUAAGGGUUGUAGGUGGGCUUCUUAGCACAUAUGAUCUAUCUGGUGAUAAACUUUUCCUUGAUAAGGCUCAAGACAUUGCAGACAGAUUGUUGCCUGCAUGGAAUACAGAAUCUGGCAUCCCUUACAACAUUAUCAACUUGGCACAUGGGAAUCCACAUAAUCCUGGUUGGACAGGGGGUGAUAGUAUCCUGGCAGAUUCUGGUACCGAGCAGCUUGAGUUCAUUGCUCUUUCGCAGAGGACAGGAAACCCAAAAUAUCAACAAAAGGUGGAGAAUGUUAUCUUAGAACUUAACAAAACUUUUCCAGAUGAUGGUUUGCUUCCAAUAUACAUCAAUCCACAUAAAGGCACAACAUCAUACUCAACUAUAACAUUUGGGGCAAUGGGUGACAGCUUUUAUGAAUAUUUACUCAAGGCUUGGAUACAAGGAAACAGAACUGCUGCUGUGAGUCAUUAUAGGAAAAUGUGGGAGACAUCAAUGAAAGGUCUUCUAAGCUUGGUCCGGAGGACGACCCCUUCGUCUUUUGCAUAUCUUUGUGAGAAGAUGGGAAGUUCUUUAAAUGACAAGAUGGAUGAACUUGCAUGCUUUGCUCCUGGGAUGUUAGCUUUAGGAUCAUCUGGUUAUAGCCCUGAUGAGGCUCAGAAAUUCUUAUCACUGUCUGAGGAGCUUGCUUGGACUUGCUAUAACUUUUACCAGUCAACACCUACAAAAUUGGCAGGAGAGAACUAUUUUUUUAAUGACGGCCAAGAUAUGAGUGUGGGCACAUCAUGGAACAUAUUAAGGCCCGAGACAGUUGAGUCACUGUUUUACCUCUGGCGGUUAACCGGAAACAAGACAUACCAAGAGUGGGGUUGGAACAUAUUUCAAGCAUUUGAAAAGAACUCAAGGGUAGAGUCUGGAUAUGUUGGACUAAAAGAUGUCAACACCGGUGUCAAAGACAAUAUGAUGCAAAGCUUUUUUCUUGCAGAAACUCUGAAGUAUCUGUAUCUUCUUUUCUCUCCCUCAUCAGUCAUCCCCCUAGAUGAGUGGGUUUUCAACACGGAAGCCCACCCCAUAAAAAUUGUUACCCGGAAUGAUCGGGCAGUGAGUUCCGCAAGGUCAGGUGGAAGCCAAGAAUCAGAUAGGCAGUUACGAACCAGGAAAGAAGGUCGAUUUCGUAAUCACCACUAAUCGAGCUGUUGAUUAAUUAUAAUGGGAUUCAAUCACCAAGAAAGUACUAGCUUCAUUAAGCUUGCAGCCUCAUGAAAGCUUGCAUUUGAGGUGAAGGAAGGAUCUACACGCUGUUAACUCCAGAUUGGCUGGAUAUAUUGGAUGUAUUGCUAUACAUUGUAGUUUAUUAAAUGCUCUACCUGGAGCAAUAGUUGUAUGUAGCAUAGCAAUUUAGGUUAGCCUCUUAAACUGGCUUGUACUGUAGGGGUAACAUUUUUCUUUUGCCGGCACAUCGACAUUUUUGGUUUUGAUGAGCAACUUGCUACUCUCACAAAAUCUUUUUCCCUAGAGAGCGAACAGAGUUCUCGUUUGCCAAGUUAUAUGUAUCUGAAAUUGUGAAUUUAAUAUCUCUGUGACACUAUGUA